GUUUUAUGCCGGAUUUCACAAUUGUAGCGGCAAUAGUUCCUUGCAAGGAGGGACGGUCGUAUGUUACAGUAGUAGACUAAGGGUCGCAGUUGCAAACAUGGCGGCCAUCAGCACCAGCUGUACCGGUGGCACAAUCAUCUGGGGAAGGUCCUUUAAGAGAGAGUUGAGCCGUGGGUAUAGGUCCCAACGUUCAGCUGGACACCGUAGCAUAACGUGUUCAAGCAAUCCCGCACGAAGGGAUGUCACUUUCCAUGAUCGGGUCCGCGAAAUGCGCAUGGCAGAAGAAUUCCUGCACGAUGACCCAAGUGAAAUAUUGGUUGUGCUUGGUCCGAAAAGCUCAGGCAAAUCUGCAUUUUUCGAAAAGUACAAGUUGAAAGCGGAAGCUGAAAAGCGUCAGUCGUUUCUGGCAGUAGAUUGCCGCGGGGUCAACUUACAGAGCCCUCAAGACUUGGGCCGGGAACUCGGCAUGGAGUCUGGCAGGCUUCUGAAUGCGCUCCCAGUGAAUCUGAGAAAGUUUGUCCUAGAAGCAUGGCCAGUGUUGCAGCAGCUCAAAUUUUCUGAAAAGAUUGCUGAUUUCACUGUGGCCCUCCCGGAGCUGAAAUCCCUGCUUCAAAAGGACAUCAAGAGCGUCGGUGAAGUAAUUAGAUACUUGAACACGGUCCUCACUGCAAUUGACGAAGAGCAGGCAGCAGUGGCAAAAACGGGCGGCCUUGUCAAAUUUCCCCCAGUCAUUCUCAUCGAUGAGGCCAACAAGUUAGCAACCUGGGGCGACGAAGGCCAAAAAGAUUUACAGGCGCUCCUGGAUUGGCUCUUGUUUGUCUCCAAACAAAAGGGCCAAGCGCAUGCUGUCCUGGUGACCUCAGAGUAUGCCUUCAGCGACUGGCUGUCCCAGAGGAUCCCUGCAGAGUUUGUGAGAGUCGCGGUCAUUGGAAAUUUCGAGGAGGGAGAUGCGAGGUCCUUCUUUGAGAAAGAAGUUGGGACUCCAGUGGCCGAUGCUGAGUGGGACAUGUGCCACAAGCUCCUCGACGGAAACGCAGGGUUUCUCAAACGGUGUGCGGGUCCGUUCAGGAGGAAACAAGACAUGUCAGCAGCGCUUGAUGACAUCGUGCAGCCGAUCAAGUCCGCUGUGCGAAGCUCCGUCAAUCCCGUCAAGGCUGUGGGAUACACGUCAGCAGCAUUCUUGACGGUGGCACGCGCCGUGUUGGCUGCUGACGAGAACCGGGUCCCAACGGCAGAGAUUCUGAUGCUGCUCAAAGCGCUGGACACGGCAACGAAUGAGAAUGCCACCCUGCGGGCGCUGGUUCAGUGCAACGUGGUGACUGUGCGCCCCGUCUCGGAGUGGGCCUUUGACAUCCCGCGCAGUUCAUUUGGCGACUGGGAGGAGUUGGUGAUGGCCCCCUCCGCUGUCCAUCUCUGCGCUUGGAAGAUGGUCCUGCCGCCAUUGAUACAGGCUUGGGAAGCAGAGGAGGCCGCAGCGAAGAAGGCCACAGCUUCAGCUGGAGCGUGGGCGCUUCUUGCCCGAGCGUUCAAUGCACGAAAGAUGAGCGACAAGGACGACUCAAGUGGAGCGGCCAAAUGAGCCGAGCUAGUGCUGCCUACUUGCCCACAUGAGCAGCAUGAGGGCAGUGGAUGGUGGCAUUAGUUAGGAUGCUCCUUCAAAAUAGGAGCCUGCGGGGGUCAAUCAACGGGCAUAUUAAGCAAGACUACGAGCUUGAAAACAGAGCCUACAAACCCCAACAAGCACCAGGGAUUUUGUGCGAAGUAGUAGCUCGAUAGAGGGUUGCAAAAUGCUGAUUCGGAGAAUCAUGGGCAUGCGCUUUAGGACGUUUCAAAAAAGCCAACUAGGAGCGCACGUCUAUGUAUGUAGAAUGUAGCGUCAAACUGCCGGAUUGGCCUCCAUGCUAAAGUUACUACUGGGGGUCUUGAUCAAGUCCAGUGAUUCACUUUAGAAAACCAAUAAAAGAAACGGUUUUUUGCUCUUGAGAAACACAUCAUAGUUACCAACUUAGCAUGAGGACUCUUGUUGCGUACUCUUUUGCAAAACCGUCAGUUCGACAAUAUGCCCAUUGGUGUCACCUUAGUGAUUUAGUUGGAGAUAUACUGCAUGAUGCAAGUGUAUAUAAAAAUUUGAAGCGAGCAAUCGCUAUCGCCAUAUAGCGAGCUAGGUCCUCGAGGG